AUGGAAGAGUGGAAGACGGACAGGAAGAACAUCUCUGCUGGCAGCUUCAAGUGGCAUGCGGAUGAGUUCUACUCCCGCGGCAGCAACAAGCCGAAACAUAUGUACUCUCCUGACUGGUUGGCCAUUGAGACAAAGGCUCACCAGGAGAAGUCGCGUGGGGGCACCAUGUCUAUUCGGAUCAACCCGCUGGAAGGGCCGCCCUCCCCGAAGCCGGACUUCGGCUUCUUCCCCGGCACCGCGGAGGCGGACGGCACCCUCCGCCCCAAGUCGCCUACUGCCAUGGAGCUGGGCUGGUCGGGCUUGUCUGGGACGCAGCCCUUGGCGAACACGUUGAACAAGAAGAGGCCCAGCACCGCCAUGGGCACCAUGUCCCUGGGCCGUUCCUUGGACUUCUCGGACUCGCCCAAGUCACCAGCACGGCCUAUGACCAGCCUUCCGGGCGCGCGCCUGCCGCGGAACCAGAGCCUUCCGGAGUUCCGAUCAGCGCCGUCGUCACCCCAGGGCAACCGGCUCCUACCCCCAAGCUCGCCAUUCAGCCGGGCCAAGCACGAGGUCACCGACAUGCCCAUCAUCGCCCGAUCCAUCUCCCAGCCCCUCCAUGAGACGGCGUAUGCGCAGCCAUCCAGCAUGCGGAAGAAGGCACGAGAACCGCCCCGCUGA